UGAUCCUAGUACACGCACACACAUCAUCUCGCUCCCCGUCAGCCUUCACCGUCCGCUUCUACCCAAUUGGACUCCCUCUAGCUGUCUAAUUAAUCGUGCUCGCCACCCCGCCCUCUCCUCUGCUCCUCAGAUCUGGAUCUGAAACUUCUCACUGUUUGCAUGCCACAAACCGUAGUGUUUGCGAAACAAUAGCAGGCGGAGGCGGCGGUGGAGGCGGAGGCGGAGGAACAGCCGUGUUAGUUUAUAUUCCUCUGCUCUGCCCUUUACCUCGCCUCCUGAUUGGAAUCGGAAUUUAUGGGAAAGUGAAAGACAAAAAAGGAAGUGAAUUUUUAGUGCUCCUUUGGAAGAAAGUUCCGAUCUUUACUACGUGUUUGGUUCAAAGCAGAGAUCUUUGUUGGUUGUUUGGGUCUCCGAUGGAGCGCGCUCGAAAACUGGCGAGCCAGGCGAUCCUCCGCCGCCUGAUCUCCCAGACGAGGCCGUCCCCGCCUAUGCCCGCCGCCACCCGCCGCGUCUCCUCCCUGUUCCCGGCCACCAACUCCCUCUUUCGUCCGUCCGUGCUCGCCGAAUCCAUGCUUCGCAAUGGCCAGACUCGCUCCAUCUCCGUCGAUGCCCUCCGCCCCUCCGACACCUUCCCCCGCCGCCACAACUCCGCCACGCCCGAGGAGCAGUUCACCAUGGCCGCCUCCUGUGGCUUCUCCUCCCUCGACGCCCUCAUCGACGCUACCGUCCCCAAGACCAUCCGCAUCUCCGACAUAAGGCUCCCCAAGUUCGACGCCGGCCUUACCGAGUCGGAGAUGAUCGCGCACAUGAGCCGCCUGGCCGCCAAGAACAAGGUCUUUAAGUCCUUCAUCGGGAUGGGCUACUACAACACUCUCGUCCCCGGCGUCAUCCUCCGCAACAUCAUGGAGAACCCGGCGUGGUACACCCAGUACACUCCGUACCAGGCCGAGAUCGCACAAGGCCGCCUCGAGUCCCUCCUCAACUUCCAGACCAUGAUCUCCGACCUCACCGCCCUCCCCAUGUCCAACGCUUCCCUCCUCGACGAGGGCACCGCCGCCGCAGAGGCCAUGACCAUGUGCAACAACAUCCAGAAAGGCAAAAAGAAGACCUUCUUGGUCGCCUCCAAUUGCCAUCCCCAGACCAUCGACGUCUGCAAGACCAGGGCCGACGGGUUCGAUAUCAAGGUCGUCGUCGCCGACCUCAAGGACUUCGAUUACAAGUCCAACGAUGUUUGCGGAGUCCUGGUCCAGUACCCCGGCACCGACGGUGAGAUCUUGGACUACGGGGAGUUCAUCAAGAAUGCUCAUGCCCAUGGCGUUAAGGUCGUGAUGGCGACCGACCUGCUGGCGCUGACGGUGCUCAAGCCGCCGGGCGAGCUCGGGGCCGACAUCGUGGUGGGAUCUGCUCAGAGGUUCGGGGUGCCCAUGGGCUAUGGCGGUCCUCACGCUGCGUUCCUGGCCACGUCGCAGGAGUACAAGAGGAUGAUGCCUGGUAGAAUCAUCGGGGUCAGCGUUGAUUCCACCGGUAAGCCUGGGCUACGGAUGGCGAUGCAGACCAGGGAGCAGCACAUCAGGAGGGACAAGGCCACCAGCAACAUAUGCACCGCGCAGGCGUUGCUUGCGAACAUGGCCGCAAUGUAUGCCGUGUAUCAUGGUCCUGAAGGUCUCAAGGCAAUUGCCGAGAGGGUCCACGGUCUUUCUUGUGCUUUUGCACACGGGCUGAAGAAGCUCGGGACGGUGACCCUUCAAGAUCUUCCGUUCUUUGACACAGUCAAAGUAAAAUGUUCCAAUGCAAAAGCAAUUGCCGACGAGGCCUGCAAGAAUGGAAUGAAUCUUCGGGUUGUUGACUCCGAUACGAUAACUGUGUCCUUUGAUGAGACCACAACCCUUGAAGAUGUGGAUAAGUUGUUUGAAGUUUUUGCUUGUGGCAAGGCUGUCAACUUUACUGCAGAAUCUCUAGCUCCUGAAGUCCAGAUGGUUAUCCCAAAAGGCCUAGUCAGAUAUAGCUCAUAUUUGACGCACCCAAUCUUCAACUCGUACCACACAGAGCAUGAACUGCUGCGGUAUAUCCACAAGUUACAAUCCAGAGAUCUCUCCUUAUGCCACAGCAUGAUUCCUCUUGGAUCUUGCACGAUGAAACUGAAUGCUACUGUGGAGAUGAUGCCUGUGACUUGGCCCAGCUUUGCUGACCUUCACCCAUUUGUGCCUGCUGACCAGGCUCAAGGAUAUCAGGAAAUGUUCAAAGACUUGGGUGAGCUUUUGUGCACCAUCACAGGAUUUGAUUCUUUCUCAUUGCAACCAAAUGCUGGUGCUGCUGGAGAAUAUGCUGGGCUCAUGGUUAUUCGUGCUUACCACCUAUCAAGAGGAGAUAGCCAUCGUAAUGUCUGCAUCAUACCCGUAUCUGCUCAUGGGACAAAUCCUGCAAGUGCAGCCAUGUGCGGAAUGAAGAUUGUUGCUGUUGGAACCGAUUCCAAGGGUAACAUUAACAUUGAAGAACUAAGAAAAGCAGCUCAGGCACACAAGGACAAUUUGUCUGCUCUGAUGGUUACAUACCCGUCAACUCAUGGAGUCUAUGAAGAAGGCAUCGAUGAGAUAUGCAAGAUUAUUCAUGACAAUGGAGGACAAGUUUACAUGGAUGGUGCUAACAUGAAUGCACAGGUCGGCCUUACAAGUCCAGGUUUUAUCGGAGCAGAUGUCUGUCAUCUUAACCUCCACAAGACAUUCUGCAUCCCACAUGGUGGAGGUGGUCCUGGAAUGGGUCCCAUUGGUGUGAAGAAGCACUUGGCACCAUUCUUGCCAUCACAUCCUGUGGUGGCUACUGGAGGAAUACCUCCCCCGGAGAAUGCCCAGCCUCUUGGUACUAUUUCUGCAGCACCGUGGGGAUCUGCACUUAUUCUGACAAUUUCAUACACAUACAUAGCCAUGAUGGGUUCUAAGGGGUUAACAAAUGCUUCAAAGACAGCUAUACUAAAUGCAAACUAUAUGGCAAAGCGUUUAGAGAACUAUUACCCCAUUCUUUUCCGUGGAGUCAAUGGAACUGUCGCCCAUGAAUUCAUAGUAGACUUGAGGGGGUUUAAGGCGACUGCUGGUAUAGAGCCUGAAGACGUUGCCAAACGUCUAAUGGAUUACGGAUUCCAUGGACCAACAAUGUCUUGGCCAGUGCCAGGGACACUCAUGAUUGAACCCACGGAAAGCGAAAGCAAGGCAGAGCUAGAUAGAUUCUGCGAUGCUCUUAUUUCUAUAAGGGAAGAAAUUACACAGAUUGAGAGUGGGAAAGCUGAUAUCAACAACAAUGUCCUGAAGGGUGCUCCUCAUCCUCUAUCUAUGCUCAUGGGAGACUCAUGGAACAAACCAUACUCCAGGGAGUGUGCAGCUUUCCCUGUUUCUUGGCUCCGAGAUGCCAAAUUCUGGCCAACUGCAGGGCGCAUCGACAAUGUGUACGGCGAUCGUAAUCUCAUCUGCACCCUUCCUCCUGUGUCACAAAUGGCUGAAGAAGCUGCAGCUGCUACUGCAUAGACCCAUCAUACUUCUGCACCUUAUUAUUAUCUUUGAUGUUCCUUCAAAUUGUACAUAUAUAUCUAUAUCAUUGAAGUGCUGCAGCUGCCAAAACACCACCAUUUCUGCUCUCAAACUUGUUGCUUAGCAACAUUUGUUUGAAGUUUAAUCCCUUCUUUUUAGACUAUUUUUGUUCAUUUACAAGUUGAAGCUAGUCAUGAAGCAUCUGAAUAAAAUCCAAUAUGCAUGAUUGUUCAUUGAA